AUGCCACCAAAAAAGCCAGAAUCUGCUACAAAGCACCAACAAAAGAUAACCGACCUUCUUACGGUCGGAAAACGUGAAGGUGAUGAAAAACCGGCCGCUCCAGGUUUAAAAACACAGCAAAAGAAAAAAAAGCGACAAGCAAUUCUCGAAGAGACAAGCAAGAGCGAUACAAAGCGAAACUUGGAGAAAGAGUCCGAAGUAGUUAAUCUUGCUCGAGAAAUUCCCUUAAAAAAGGAAGCAAGUUUAAGAUCACAUAAUGAAAUCGAAAAGGAGUCUGAAGCUGACGAAGAAGAAGAUAAUGUUAUUGAUGUGUAUGAAGAGGACGAAGAGGACGAAGUGUCGCAUCCAUCACCACCUAGUGAAAUUGAAGAGGAUCAAGCAAAAUAUGAUAAAAUUCGUGCAUCUAAAACACCGUCGUUUAUUGACAAACAUACUAGCAAAUUAACUUUCCACGACGAACAUCUCACACCUGAGCAAAAACUCUUGCACGCCUUCGAUCUCAAUUACGGAUUUGGUUCGUGUGUUGGAGUAACGCGUCUCGAACGAUGGGAACGUGCAAAACGCUUAGGACUGAAUCCACCCGAAGAAAUCAAGAAAUUAUUGAUGGCCGAAAAUGCAGAUGAUCCCGAAAUUAAAGAAUCAUUAUUCUAUGGAAGAUGUAUAAUGGUGUCGACACCUCCACCACUUGCUGUAGUUACUCGAACUUCUGGUUCUUUGACGACAGCACGAAAGAGAGUUUUACAGUUAUAUCGUGAUUGGCAACGAGCGGCACCAAAAGUCGUGAAACUCUAUCUACUCGACUACCCAGCAUCAGCGGUACGCGCAAAAAUCCGACAAGAAUUUGAACGGAAUCGAUAUGUAAACGAUUUAGCGGUAAUCGAUGUUCUACUACUAAAAGGGCGAAAUGAAUUCAAUGAAACGCUGAAUCAGUGGAAACAACCUACUCAUGUAUACCAGUAUUUUGAAAAGGAAGCUUGGGUUGCAGCGGAUCGUGAAAAGAAGGGGUUUUUGGAGAGGUUUUAUGGGGGAAGAGAUUGA